AUGAAGAUCUCCUUUUCCCUGUUCUUUACAGCCUGCGCCCUGCAGUCAGUCUCGGCAUUCGUGCCUACCGCCAGAGCUUCUAUGGGCUCAAGUUUGGAUGCGACAGUCGCUGGUCUUGUUCCUCCGAUGGCAACGAAGGAUUUGGCGACUGCCGACUUGUACGACAGCAAAGUGCAAAAGACCUAUGGACGCUAUCCAUUGACCAUUGAAUCUGGAGAAGGAUGCUAUUUGAAAACUACCGACGGAAAGAAAUACUUGGACUGUGUCAGUGGAAUUGCCACUUGUGCUCUUGGUCACAACAACCCUGCCUUGACCAAGGCUGUUUCGGAUCAAAUGAGCUCAGUCCACCAUUGCAGUAACUUGUAUCUAAUCCCUGAACAAGCCGCCUUGGCCAAGUGGUUGUGCGACAAUUCUGGUGCCGACAAGGCCUUCUUUUGCAACAGUGGAGCUGAAGCCAACGAGGCUGCAAUCAAGUGUGCUCGUCGACACGCUUCCAACCGUGGAAUCACUAAACCCGUCAUUAUUUCUGCCGAAGCUUCCUUCCACGGCCGCACCCUUGCCGCCCUCAGUGCCACUGCCCAACCAAAGUACCACAAGGGUUUUGGAUACGAUGGACAGAUGGUUCAAGGAUUUGAUCACUGCAAGUACAACGAUAUCGCCACUUUGGAGGAGGCCGUUGUUCGCGCCACUUCUGAUGGCAAGGGGCUGGCGGCCAUCAUGAUGGAACCACUUCAAGGAGAGGGAGGUAUCAUUCCUGGAGACAAGGCAUUUUUCAAGAAGGCCCGCGAAUUGUGUGAUAAGCAUGGAGCUUUGUUGAUCUGCGACGAAGUUCAAGCUGGAAUGGGACGCACUGGAACUUUGUGGGGACACGAACACUUGGACGUUGUUCCAGAUAUCUUCACAUCCGCCAAGGCCUUGGGAGGUGGUGUUCCAAUUGGAGCCAUGUUGGCCAAGGGAGAGGCCGCCACUACCUUUGGACCUGGAGAUCAUGCCAGUACCUACGGUGGGAAUCCAUUGGCCUGCGCUGCUGGACUUGCUGUUGCCAACUAUAUGUGCGAGCACAAUAUUUUGGACAACGUCAACGCCAGGGGAGAACAAUUGAAGAAGGGUCUAGUAGCUUUGGCCGCAAAGUACCCAUCCGUGUUGGGAGAUGUCCGUGGAUUGGGUCUUCUCCGAGGUGUCGAAUGCAUCGCUGAGGACACUACCGCAGGAGAACUUGUCGGUGCAGCUAUGCAAGAAGGACUGUUGUUGGUCCCUGCUGGCUCCAAUGUUGUCCGAUUUGUCCCACCUCUCAUCAUCACCGAAGAGGAGCUCGACUUGGCACUAGAGCGAUUCGAAGCCGCCGUCAAGAGUAAGGCCUAA